UCCGCCCCCACCGAAAACAAAUCCGAGCAGUUUUUGAGGCAAGGGACUCGCGUUUUUUUUUCACUGUGCAGUUAUGUUCUCCCCAGUAAAUUAAGCCCGGAAGGGCCGGGUCUGGGUGUUCUGACACUUUGUCUGUUUUCCUGCGGGUUGAUGCGCGGGGAGAGCGGCCGAGCGGUGGCGCCAUUUUGUGGUGAGGGGUGGUGGCGAGGCGGGUGUUGCCGGCAGGCCGCCAUUAUUGUGGGGGGCAAGAGCGGGGCUGCCGCUGGGACAUGCCCAAGUCGUGCGCUGCCUAUAACUGUACCAACAGGUACAGCAGCAAGAACAAGGAGCUCACCUUCCACAGGUUUCCAUUCAGCAAGCCGGACCUGUUGAUAGAGUGGAUGAACAAUGUAGGAAGAGCUGAAUUCAAACCCAACCAGCACACGGUCAUUUGCUCGGACCACUUCAAACCAGAGUGUUUCAACACUUGGGGGAACCGAAAAAAUCUGAAGCAUAAUGCUGUGCCCACAGUCUUCCACUACCCAGAUAAUAUGAAGCAGAGACAUCGUGCAAGGAAAAAGCUGAAAAUAAUCAGUGAAGUAACAAAGACUGAAGUUGCUGAAGAAAAGCCUGAAAUGGUGCUUGAGCCAGUGCUGGGUGGAGAAGAGGAGAAACUGCCGCUGGCAACCCCCACUGAAGAUGGUUCCACAAAAGGCAGUGCAGAUCACACUUAUGCUGCUACCAAUCUAGGCAUGAUGAAGAGGAGAUUAUUUGCUGCCCUAGAAAAGAAUGAGAAGCUGCGGAAACGGCUGAAGGUGAAGCAGGAGGAGAUGCGGAGAAUGGUGAAGAAGUGGCAAGCAGUCAAGGAUGAAUUGGAGAACCUGAGGGCAAAGAGCCUGUCGACGCCCAGUGAGGUGACCCUCACGGACAUAGCCCACCUACAGGACUGUAUAAAUUAAACGCAUGCGUGUUUGGAGAGCAAAGAACAGUGAGUGAAUGGACAGUUCACACAGUCUCCACAUAAUCUGUGAGGUGAAACUUGCUGGUGCAAACAAACUGCAUAAAAUGAUGUUUGAACGCUUUUUAAAAGGAGAAGGAUAGACAGUUUCCAUAAUCUGGAAAUAAUAUCGGUGAGGGAGGUUGAGCUGGUCACAAUACAGCAUGGUUGAAAUGUGUCAUAGUGUCUUGCUAGUCCAUAAAAAAAACUCUCUGCAGCUGAGUUGUAAAGAAUUCUGGCAAUUUGUUGUCACAGAUCGUAGUUGUCAGAAUUGUCCUCUGCUGGUGACCAGUUUAGGAUUACAAGUCUGAUCUUUCAGAGUGCAAUGUGACAUGCACCCUGCCCUGUGCUUUCAUGCCUGAAUUGGUUUUACAGUCUUAUGUAUAGAUGCCUUGAUGCCAAAUUGUGAACUCCUUUGCUUUUCUUCAGUAUGUGCCCAAGGCCUGCUCUAAGCUCUCAUACUAUUUAUGCAUCACAGCAAUCCCACAGAUAUCAAAUGCUAGCAAUGGGGAAACAUAUAUUGCUUGUCAAGUCAUGGAUUCCAGGCAAUAUUGUUGGACCUAAUUGUAUCAUUGCUGGUAUCUGUUGUGUUGCAACACAAUUUUGAUGCAGUUGAGUAUCAUUCGGGUCAAACCUUGCACAUAAUAGCAGUUAGGUCCAGGCUAACCCAAUGGCAGCCCCCUCAGUCUACAGGCUGUAAAAUUCCUGCAGCCUCAAUCAAGGAGGAAUCGACAAAACUGUUCCUAACAACAUGAGCUGACACCAAGCUGAUACUUUUACUGAAGGAAGGCAUAAAAGUGUCAACAGUGUAAAACAUAAUCCUGGUGUGUUUGGGACAGUGCACUGAGAAUUAUAACCUAUAUUGAAUUUACGAUGCACUGAACCCUGAAGCAUUUGAUGCUGACAAUGGAUGCACAGAAUGAAAAGCCUUUUCAUUUCUGAUAUUAAAUAUCACUCAUUUGAGCAUCAAAAAUCAAUCCCUGAACAGAAAAAGCAACUGCUUCAGAGAAUAUAUACAGGUCGGGCCUGGGUUACAAAUGGCCAACCUAUGGACAACCUUACAUUCGAAUGAGAUCCCAUGAUAUUAUUAAAUUCAAAAGUCCGAAGUACAUACAUUCAUUCCUAUAAACAGCUGAACUAGUUUCUUUUCUCUUUCCACUUUUAGUAAUUGUUCUUUCUUAUCAGUCUUGUGUGCUUUUGAUAUCAUUCGUUGCAACACUGUGGAGGUGUGGUUACCAUAUCAAGUGAUUUUUGUGUAUUUUCAGACUUACAGACAAAAUCGAUUUAAGGACAUCUGUAAAAACAGAACCUGUUUGUUACCUUGGGACAGCCUGUACAGAGCCUGUAUGGCCUCCAUGUUGGCAGACCAGCAGGUUACAAGUCUGAUUCCCAACCUAGGCGUUCUUAAUCUCAACGUUAGACAGCAAUUGGAGCUACAUAUGGUCACAGCAAACCAUCAGGAUUAAGGGGAAGUGAAAUUCCUGCUCUGUAUCAAUUCAUAGUAUUCUAUGAACAAUGAAUUCAUGCUUGCUGUGAGUGAGCAAAGUGCAAGCAUUCAGUAUCUGGGCUGAUCAUUCCCAGCUCAAAUUGACACCAUUAGGAGAGAAAAUAAACUGAUCAGAUAAUAUGUGAAUUUGAGAUUAAUGCUGUAACUGAAUCAUAGUUGUAGUUUCAGGUUGAAGUUGUGGAUCUGUCUUCCAUAGUGAUGUACAUUGGGGGAAGAGAUGAGAAUAGGCUGUCAUUGACUAUAUAUCUGGAAAGUUCAUCACAUGAUACCCACCUUUGUCAGUACCCCAUUUCCACUGCACCUUUCCACCCCCCACGCCCCAUUGGCCCCAUCACCACCUCUAUACCUGCUAGUGGUUGUCCAACAUGUCCAGGACACUGAGAACAGCUGUAAUAGUGAUACAGUUGGGAGGGUGGAUUUUCAUUUUUGAAAAUUACUAAUGAAUCUACAUUCUUUAAAGUAGGACAUUUCCAGACAGCUUCCUAAUUAUCUUAAAUCUGUCUCCAAUGGUUUUGACACUCUGUCCAUUGGAAACUGUCUGUUAUUUAUUCAAUUGAACUGUGUGUAAUUUUUAAACAUAAUUAAAUCUUCCCUCAAUCUUCUUUGCAUGAAGAACAAUAAUCCCAAUUUUUCUAUUCCCUCAGCAAAUCUGAAGUCCCUCAUCUCUCAUUACAUUUUAGUAAAUUUCCUCUCCACUCUCUCCAAAUAUGUAUACAGUACAGUAUGUAGUAUAAUUGAAAUCUGUGCCCAGUUUGCUGAUCUUGGUUGUGGUAACAGUUAAGUUUGCAAAAAGAUCUUCCCUGAUAAGGCAGAAAAAAAUUAACUGGCAAAACUGCUUCUUCACUGGGUAAUAAUUCAAACAGCAUGGGUGGAGAUCAGGAAAGAGAAGAGCCAAGUUGUGCUAUGAUUUACUCUGGAUAAUGUGGGGACAGACUGGAUAACUACAGAGCAAGUUCACCUUUGCUGAUAUCCACUUUCCAACAUUUGGAAAAUUUGGAGGGGAACAGUUGUUCCAGAGAGCUAGCAUGGAAUUAUUGGCCUUUGGUGGUGCACAGUUCUGUGAUUUAUUUACUGAUGUCAUUAAGGCUUCAAUCACUGCUGUCUCCAUCCAGUGAAGGUUUAACACUCAAAUCCAAAUGAAGAUGUAUGAUUCCAGUCAUGUUUUUCUGUUAAUGAAAACAUUCUGUUUAAAGAUGGAUCAAUGACUUAUGGAACAUUUGAGGAUUAAACUUGGUUUGUGCUUUGCUGCACUGGAGCUUGCUCUUGUAGCAAAUGUAAAUUGUGCACUGGAUGGUGCCAAAUUCCUAUAUUCUUUCAUUUACUUGCAGGGAGCCCAUUGGGUAUCACUGGGACUGGUAACUUAUUUCGGUCUAAAUCAGAGAAGAGAAUUUGAGUGUUACUCAAACUGACACUACUCCAAAUGUGCAAUAGAGUUCAAAUAUGAAAGUACAAAAUGCAUAGCAGAUCUGCUAGCAUUGGAAAGAUAGGAACAAAUAGUUAACACCUGCUUUAGACAUAUAAGAAGGAUUGGGAGUAGAAAGUUUCAAACAGCUUGCUCAAAAAAAGGAAGAAUGCUUAUUUUAAAACUUUCAGGUCCUGAAGUGCUUCAGAGUCAUUUAAUUAUUUUGAAUUGAAGACACUCUUGUAACGUAAGCAAGCACUACAAACAAUUUUCAUAUUAAGAUCCCACAAACAAGAUAGAUGGUUUAUUCACUUUUUAAUUGUUAAUUGAAGCAGGAAUGUUGGGCUGGAGAAUUUCCUUUUCCUUUGAGAUCAUUUUCUAGGUAACAGCAACAACUACAAAAGUACUUUAAGUGCUUUGGAAGCUUUAGGUGCAUGUAAAGCUUCAUAAAAAUGCAAAUCCUUUCUUCCAUUGUUCAGGUCCUGAAAGGUGCUUUAAAAACGCACUUAAAUUUCUCCUCAUUCCAAUGAAGAGUUAAAGCAGGAAUCAUGUUUAUCAUUGCUUCAUUUCCCUGUUCCAUUGGUACCAGGAUUAGCUCCUGUAGUGCAUUAAUGCUGAUGUUAAAGUGCCUGAAUUUCUGAGCUAUGAUAGUGUAGGGGUGUUUAGAUCUGAAGCUAUUGGGAUUGUCCAUGAGGAUCCUGAUAUUCCAGGUCCCCAACUUCAUAUUGUGGAGUAGAAGUUGCUUAUGUGUUUUUAUUUAACCAGCUUUUUCACAUGUGCUUCACAGUGGCAAGAUGGCCAGUUUAAAGAGCAAGGUAGUGGGUGGAAGGGACAACCCGGAAAAGGAGCACCAUGUUCAUGAGAUGAGCUUUGCCAUCAAGAAGGAACCAGUCCACCAUUUCAGCAACUCACUUUGCAGAAUUAUUGAGUGCCUUAUGAACCUUCAGCUUACCCUAUCACAGAACCAACCCUUGAAGCUUCAAGUGAAUCCAAAGAGGAUUUAUGCUUCCACUUCCAAAAAAAAUCUGAUCUGCAUCCCAAAGGGAAACAAUUUGAUCCUCCUGGUAACUUCAAUGGCAGCAUGGAAAAGGAUGUAGCCCACAGCAAGGAAGGAAUAGGGAAGACCAAUUUCAGUUGGGUUCUUGAGAAAAUGCAGCACAGCCUUGUUAUAAUGAACUUCAUGUUUCAUCAGAGGGGCAGGCAGGAUACCUGGUACAGUUGGCACCUGCAGAAUAUCAUUGUUCAAGUGUGAAACAGCAAAGAUAUCUUUACUACCCACACUAUCAUAGGUAUCAAUCUAACCUGCUUUAUUUUCUCCACAACUUGGACCCAAAACAUUGAUGUCGAUAGAAGCAUUGCUGCAAGAAGUUCAUUUUCAAAGCUAUCAUUUCCCACAGAAUUGGGUCUUUUCAGACACCUCCUUGUAAACAACCUGUCAACUCCUAACUUGCAGGACCCACAAAGUGUCCAGAGCUUAUGGGCUGCCAUGUUCACCAUCAUUGGCAACUGUGAAGAGAGUCUUGGCUUCCCCAACAAAAAGAACCAGGACUGGUUUGAUGAGAAUAUCAAGGAGCUAAUUAACAGCAAAUGUAAGGCAUUCUGGAUGAGAAGCUUACCUUUCAUCAAGGGAAAAGAACAGCUUGAUGGGCACCUGAAGGCAGAGGUCGAAUGAAAAAUUCAGGUUCUGAAAAGAUGGUAGAUGAAGGAAGCAUAGAAGAUACAGCAAUUCGCCAACAGCCAUGAGAUGUGCGAGUUCUUCAGCUAUGCAAAAGUUCUCUAUGGUCCAACACCCAGUCAGGAAUGGGCUGACCAUUCAAGGCCUCUCAAUCCAUCAUAUAAGUGACCAGAACAGUAUGCAGUAAUCCACGUAUAGUCAAACCGAAGUUCAGUAUAACAUAGCUUCACUAAUUUUCAAUUGUAUCCCACCAGAGAUGAACUUUAGUGCAUGGUUUGCUUUCUUAUAACCUUGUUAAUCUUUGUUGGAAAAUUUAGUGAUGGGUAUACUAUGAUUUCUCUACCCCAUCUAGACCUCCACCUUCAAUGUAGUAAGUGACCUGUCUAUUCUUCCAGCCAACGUUGCAUGACCUCACAAUUAUGUUGAGCCUUCAUUUGCUAAUUAUUUGCCCAUUCUCAAAGUUUAUUGAUGCUCUCCUGUAAUUUAAAUAGAAACAUAAUAGGACAAGCUGCAUAAUAAUAAGACUACAAGGGCUUGUUAUCCUGAGGCAAUUGAUUCACCUUAUAAAUCCCCAAAGCUUUUCCACCAUCAACAAGGCAUAUCAGAGGUAUGAUGGAUUAUCUCCACUUUCCCAAAUAAACAUCUCCAACAACUUUGUCAACUAGGACACUUGACUGGCAGCCUAUCCACCACCUUGCAUACUAUUUCCUUUUACUAUUUGUACUCUGUUACUGCAGUGUGCACCGCCUACAUGAUGUGUUGCAUCAAUUCAAUAAAACUUCAUUGACAACAUCCCUCAAACCCAAAACCUCUGCCAUUUGGAAUGGCAAAGCUGUAUUGGAAUAUUACUGGUGCUUUGUUCCUCGUUACAGAAUUUGGGACUGCUUUCAAUAUUUCAUCUACCAACACUUGGAGAAAGUGAACAGUGAGUUAAAUGACACCUAAUACCAUGCUUAACAUCAGGGAACAUUAUCCCAAUUAUAGAAGUAACUCCAGCACACAGAAGUAAACAGAUAAUCACUAAUUAUGGCUCUUAGUGGGUUCUGGAUUUGUCCCAUUGGGUGCUGUAUGUUAUUUUCUUUGAUUCCUCUGUACAUAGACCUUGAGCUGGAUCUCAAUUCCAGUAGUUCAGGCAGGUCUUCAGGUUCUCUCCAAAGCCAUGAUUUUUUAUGUGUGGGCCUAGGCACAGUGUGUCAGUGGGGUGUUAAUAUUGGAGGACAUCACAACCCAGGUUGACCUUUGUUAAGGUCUACUUUUACCUGCUGCCUUAUUUUAAUGCCUCAGUACAGCUCAAAUUUGGCAGGACUUGCUUUCAACAACAAUGAUACAGGUUCAUAACAGAUGCGACCAGUUGAAAUGCUUCAGUUAUGAAGUAAAUAGCAGAAUGAUUAUCGUCAGUAAUCGUAAAUUUCUUUUCCUUCAGCAUUGGAUUUUCAGGCUAUCCUUGACAUUACACAUACCACAAGUUGUCAUUACAUUUUAGUUUGUUUUAUCCAAAAGAGGGUGGCUUAUUAUCAUGUGGGAUUGUCGCUCUCAAUUCUAUUGAUAUUGAAGAUACAACAGAAAAGAUCAAUGUUAUUAAACUGAGAACAGAAACAUCUGCUGCAUCAUUCUAGGCAUUAGGUUUUGAAACUAUUCAAGAAAUAUGUUGUGCUUUAGUUUCAUUAAGUCCAAAAUAAUCAUUUGUCUUGCACCUUACACUAUCAAUGAUGUAAAUACCAAGUGUAAUUCUUUAAGAUGUAUAAAAAAGGUUAUAAUACCCUAAAUGUGAAAAACUGAUAAUACUCUACAAUGAGAUUGAAGUAUUAUCCUUAAUACAUAUGGGGUAUAUGUAUUUCUGAAAUAUGUAAUCCAGAACAUUUGAGAUUAAAAAAUUCCCAAAAAUUUGGAGGUACUGAA